CUCAACCUCCUCAUCAACAACGCUGGAGCUGCCCAGCCAAACACACUCGAUAAGGAGACAUUAGAGAGCAUGGUCCAGAUUUACACCACCAACACAGUUGGGGCCAUGCUGAUGGGCCAGGCGUUCCUGCCCUUGCUGCAGAAGGCUGCCCAGGGGAGCCCAGGCUCAGCGCUGAGCUGCAGCAAGGCAGCCAUCAUCAACAUGUCCAGCUCUGCAGGCUCCAUUGAGGAACUCUAUAUAUGGAAUUACGGACAAGUCGUGUCGUACCGCUGCAGCAAGGCUGCUCUGAACAUGCUGAGCAAGUGCCAGUCCCUGGCGUACCGCGAGCACGGCGUCCUCUGCAUUGCUCUCCACCCUGGCUGGGUGCAAACCGACAUGGGUGGUGGAGGAUCAAUCAAGCCUCCCUUGACGGUGGACGCCAGCGUGCAAGGGAUGAUGAAGGUGCUCUCCUCCAUCUCCGAGAAGGAGACUGGGACCUUCUUGAACUGGGAGGGGAAGGUCGUACCCUGGUGA